AUGAAAGUGCCCUCACCGUCAACAGUUUCGCGAGACGUUCAAACCAUUUAUCAGGUUGGCUCCAAGUCCGUCAAGGAGUACUUCACGACCCUCAAAGGAGCCGUCCAUUUAGUUAUCGACGGUUGGACUGCCCCAUUCGUCGCGUCAUAUCUAGGUAUAGUUAUUGUGUGGUUUGAUGGCGUCAAGCUGUGGCGCUCAAUUCUAGAGUUUAUUCGGUUGACUGAGAGGCACACGGGCCUCUACCUUGCGCAAAUGGUUGCUCAGUGCGUCAAACGGUUCGGUCUCGAUAAAAAGGUGCAUACGCUCUGCAUGGACAACGCCAGCAAUUGCGACGCAACGGCUGUGGAGCUGGAGCCCCUUGUGGAGAGUUUUCGUGCAAAGGCCUUCAUUUCGUUCUUCUUCCGGCAGCCUAAGAAGAAGAAGGUGGUCAAGGUGGCUGCAGGCAGAAAGCGAAAACGUAGCCAAGGUGAUAUGCAAAAUCGACCAGAAGAAUUUGAGCUAUCUCCUGGAGAGGCCGUGGCAGACGGUGAACAGCUAAUGGACGGAAACCACGAAGACGAUGAUAUGUCUGCAGUCGAUGAUGGUAAGGCAGCUCAUGAUGACGCAGCAGUGAAAUCCGUGCAUGCACAAGCUGUGAAUAUUGCUCGCGAGGAGUUCGGUAUUGAGAUGACUCCUAAGGAAGAGAGCGAGGCUCUUGGCCUCUUCGCAAAGGUUGCCGGACUGGCUCGCCGUCUCCACGACUCACUGACUCUGCAGGAAAAAUUCGAGAAGCUGGUCGAUGCACAGCCAGAGCUUUCAGGGACGAAGAAAGCCCUUGACCGUCGCAUGGUCACAAGGUGGAACAGUGACUUCGCCUGCCUCGCCGCGCACAUCUACUUUGAGAUCCCUGUGAAACAGCUCACCAGCGAUGACAGAAACGAUUUACAACCCUAUGCACUUUCGCAUGCGCAAUGGAGGUUGGCUAAGCAACUGGAACCCGUACUGGAGAUCCUCCGCGCGCUCCUCAUGAUUGAGCUCUUCAAGCUCGUGAACGGUACACAAAUCUAA